CAUUAAAUUAUUUUUUUUUAUUUUAUAACUUUUGUAUUGUUAAUGAGUUGUGUUUUAUUUAAUUUUGUAUAUUUAUAAAAAAUUAUUCCCACUUUUAUGUUGGGUUUUAAAGUUACAGUAUGACUUCCAUCAGUGAAACCAAUGAUAAAACAUCAACAAGAAAACACAAUCCAACAGAUGACGAAGACGUCACAUUUUUUUUCUUUUACGAUUUAGUUAAGCAAUUAAUUUUAAAACGUAAUGAUAUCGGAGAUGCUAGUGUAUUAUCAAGUUGGUUGAAAGUGUUGGAACAGAAUAAAAAUAAAACAGUGCGAAAUGAAUACAUAAAACUUAUGACUUUGGCAUUGCAAUAUACAGAUCCAAUCUGUCCAUUUAAAGAUCCUCCUCCUGAUACGAUUGAUCCUUUAGAAAAUGGAGUGAUCGAAAUGGCGAAGAAAUUCUUAAAUAAAGAAGGAACUGCGACGUGUAUUGGAGAUAAUGAAUACGAUAUUGCGGAAACUUAUCCAACAAUUAGCACAGCAAUGUCCAACAAUAAAUGCCAAUAUGCUUCAUAUCAAGUAAUACCAAAUGUGGGUGUUCAGUGUUAUUAUGCCUUUUCAGAUGAACCCAUGUAUAAUUGGUCAUUAUCAUCAAAAAUAAAAAUCCCUAAGAGUGGUCCUCAUGCCACGGACGUUGAAUGGGAAAGGGCACUAGCGGGUAUUAAGUUACAAUUGGUCACACUAAGCACAGACAAUUUAAAACCUCCAAAUGCCCCAAAAAAUAUCACAGUGAAAGAUGACGUGAGCGAAAUCAAAAGAUCAGUUGUUUCUGGCAACAGCCGGGUUUCUAAGAAAAAAUCAGAUAGAUUAAAAGAAAGCGAAAAAACUUCAGUUGUAUGCAAUGUAAUGAACAUAGAACAACAAAACCGAAAUAUUUCCGAAGUAUUCGUAUGGAAUGAUGCUAGUUUAUUGACUGGAGAGAUGAGACUUGGCGCAGAAGAGUGUUCUGAUCGAAAAAUUGAUACUCAAGUUAAGACACAAACAGAACUCGACAAAAUAGCAUUUAAUGCUUAUGAUAUACUUUAUCCUGGCGAUUUCAUGAUAAAAGUAGUACAGUCUGUUAUAAACGAUAUAAUUCCAACGAAAACAAACGAUGUUACAGAAACUGAUGAUAAAAAAAAACAACAACAACCGUCAGCACAGGAUGACGGUGGCGGUCAUGAUGGUUGCACGAUUAAAAAUCAACACGAGUGCUCUCAGUCGUACGCGACACGGCAGAGCGCCGGCCACGGGAACGUCAAUACGUCGAGUGAAGAACGGCUGACUGCCUUUGACGAGUCACCAUCGGACCGUUCACGGAUACAACGGAUGUCCAAACCGAUUCGCCGACCGUCCGCGUUGAAUGCCACUGACUUCUGCACCGGAGGAAACCACAACCGCGGUAAGGUUCGCAAUGCAACCGACGACUGCAAAGUCGUGUUUUCCGGGCACCUUGGUCGGUGCAAUGACGACAGGUUUACUGGUGGUGAAACUCGACCGGCGGAUCGUCGUUCAAAAGGUCAGAGCUUCAGAGCGUACCCUGAAAAUCUGCCGGCAAGCGUUUCGAGCCUAACCGACCCGAAGUGCGUCAGAUUGUUGGCACAACAAUUGUACGUCGGGAGGUCCUUGAAGAGUCGCGACGGCAACUACGAGUCAGACUAAUCUCCACCGUCAGGCUUGUAGACGCGUGUGAUCAUCCACAAUCAGAGUAAUGACAAUAAAAGCUAUCUGUUAUUAUAUUUUGUCGGAAUAAAACGUGUAAACGGGUCGUCGUCGCCCCCGAAAAAAUUUUAAAUGCCAAAAAUGACUAAGUUCUUUGAUUUGAGCGUCUGUAGCGGGUGAUUAGGAACUAUAACCUUCCCUCUACCAUAUUGAUGACAAUUUUUUCACUACCCCUUAUCAAACCGGGUUUCUAUGAAUCGUGUGUAUUGCAAACAUUUCGUAGGCCACAACAUAAUAUUUUUGACUCGUUUCACUAUUGAGACAGUAGCGAAUAAUUAAUCUUGAUUACUGAACAUUCGUACUUACGUACGAGGUGGCAAUUAAACAGCAAUAAAGCAUUACAUUUAGUACUGUUCUUACAGAUAAAUAAUUAACUUUGAAAUAACUAUAAAAAUUUGAUGACCUAUGAAAGUGACCUGAAAGUUAUGAGCAGCAACGAUAGGAUAAAUCUAUCCUUCAGAUAUUGAAAACGAUGUGAUAAUGUUUAAUAAAUCUUUUGAAACAUAAAAAAAAAUUGUCUCAACAAGGGUUAACACUAGUUCACGUCAGCAAGACGUUUUGAAGUGUGUCUACCGAUGAAACAGUGUUCAACAAAUUUUGAAAGUUUUUCGAAAUAGGAAUGAUUGGAUCGAUAACUCCUAAUGUAAUUAUAGCAAGUUCACAACAGUUAAAUACUACACAACUAUAUUAAUUUAAAGUUGUAUUCUUAUGGAGGAUCGACAUGGUUUUCGAAAACAGAUACUUUUACUACCUUUUGUUAUCUUUUGUAACAACAAUAUAUGCAUUAUGUGUCAUUCAGUUUUGGUCUCAUAUUCUUCUUCUCAAGAAGUCUAGAAUAGAAUCUUGUUUCUACUGUCUAAAUUUCGGUUUGCCCUAUCUUGUUUAACAGUAAUUAUCGUUUCUUAUGUUACUUUUGCAUUCUAUAUUUGUUGUUAAUGAUAUUGAACUUUAUGUACUGAUAAUUGUCAUAUUUUUUUAGCUGAUUUUGAUGACAUUAGCUAGGAUUCAAUCCCCGGUAGUUUUAUUUAUUAUAUCCUUGACGAGACUGAUAAUAAUAAUAUUCUAUUAUUUGAUUGAACAUUGAAAAUAGUCUUCCAACGAGUCACUAAGACGGCGAACGGAAGAUGUCAAAACGCCAAUGCGGACUCUACAUUUUUACUUUAUCAUUCAAAUGUAAAUCCUAUGUUAUUAUUUUAUAUUAGUUUUCCGUUUCCGUUCUGUUUUUAAUUUUUAUGGUAAUACAUGUUAAUUAAAAACUAAUAUUC